GAACCUCAAAAAAUAUAUAUAUAUAUUUUUUUUGUUCUCCGCACUUCCGUUUCGAACCCCAUUAAAACUCCUCACAAAUCUCACCAGUUUCGAACCUAACCUACUACUCGUGCCAUUCUUUCUUUGGCGGAGUGAUUCUCCUCCGUACAUUUGAUCUCUUUCUACGUUUGUUCACGUUGGUUUCUUUGAUUUUGAGGGUCGGGGUCUGUUUGGUUUCUGGGAAAAUUUCAGGUUGAGAGGAACUGGGUACUCGGGAUUUUUGAAAAUUGAUCGUUAUUGUUAUUUCACAGCUUACCGGAAGCUCUGUUUUUGGAUCAGUUUGAUCUCGGUUUAGGGUGAUUAUAACAGUCUUCUCCUGCCUUCCUACGAGUUUUUGGUUCUCUAUAAUUUGGAUUACCCCAUGAAAAUCUCUUUUGCUGGGAGGCAUCUCUGUCCUUUGUUGUUCUAAAAUUUUAAAUUCAAUAAACAGAUAUAUGAACACUUACUGGCAAUCAUGGUAUCAAGGUCUUACAUGAGUUUGUUGGAAUUGGCAUCUGGGGACAUGUUGAAUUUCCCUCAGACUCCUAGAACCCUUCCGAGGGUGAUGACCGUUCCAGGAAUCAUUCCCGACAUAGAUGGCAGUGAAAAUAAUAAUGAAGAUUUAGAUGUUCCCUCCCCUGGAACUUGUCAAAAGAAAAUUAUAGUGGCAAAUUUUCUCCCUCUACAUGCUCAAAGGGAUCCAGAAUCUGGCAGAUGGUGCUUUAGUUUUGAUGAGGAUUCACUUUAUUUACAGCUGAAGGAUGGUUUUUCAUCUGACUGUGGCGUUGUUUAUGUGGGAUCUCUGAAGGUCGACAUAGAUGCAAGUGAGCAAGAUGAAGUUUCCCAGAAACUGCUGGAGGAGUUUAAUUGUGUACCCACAUUCCUUCCUCCAGACCUCCAGAAAAAGUUCUAUCAUGGGUUCUGUAAGCAAUAUUUAUGGACCCUUUUUCACUACAUGCUGCCCAUGUGCCCAGACCACAGCAAUCGCUUUGACCGGAUGCUUUGGCAUGCAUACGUUUCUGCCAAUAAGAUAUUUGCAGAUAAGGUUAUGGAGGUGAUCAAUCCUGAAAAUGAUUACAUAUGGGUUCAUGACUAUCACCUCAUGGUUCUCCCUACAUUUUUGAGAAAGCGUUUCAGUCGAGUCAAGCUUGGCUUCUUCCUCCAUAGCCCAUUUCCCUCAUCAGAAAUCUACAGGACACUUCCUGUCAGAGAUGAAAUUCUGAAAGCAUUGCUUAAUGCAGAUUUGGUUGGUUUUCAUACAUUUGAUUAUGCUCGCCAUUUUCUCUCUUGUUGCAGUAGAAUGCUCGGCUUGGAGUAUGAAUCUAGGCGAGGCCACAUUGGACUUGAAUAUUUUGGACGUACUGUGUAUAUCAAAAUUAUGCCUGCGGGGAUUCAUAUGGGACGACUUGAAUCUGCACUGGAUCACCCUACUUCUUCUAUCAAGGCCAAGGAGAUCCAGAAGCAAUUCAAGGGGAAAAAGAUUAUUCUUGGUGUUGAUGACAUGGACAUAUUCAAAGGCAUCAGUCUAAAAUUAUUAGCCAUGGAACAGCUUUUGCAACAGCAUCAAGAGUUGCGGGGCAAACUUGUUCUGGUACAAAUUGUAAAUCCUGCAAGGAGCUCAGGGAAGGAUGUUCAGGAAGCAAAAAGGGAGACAUAUAUGACUACCAGAAGGAUAAAUGAGGUUUUUGGUUUUCCAGGUUAUGAACCAGUUAUUCUGAUUGACCGUAGGGUCCCUACUUAUGAGAAGACUGCCUAUUAUGCUUUGGCAGACUGUUGCAUCGUCAAUGCUGUGAGGGAUGGUAUGAACCUAGUCCCAUACGAGUAUAUUGUUUGUAGGCAGGGGACUCCAAAAAUGGAUGAAGCUCUGGGAAUGGCCUCUGGCUCCUCUCGUGCUAGUACACUAGUUGUUUCAGAGUUCAUAGGAUGCUCACCAUCACUAAGUGGGGCAAUUAGGGUGAACCCAUGGGAUACUGAUGCUGUUGCUGAUGCACUAAAUUUGGCCAUCACGAUACCUGAUUUAGAGAAGCAGUUGCGGCAUGAGAAGCACUUUCGCUACAUUAGUUCUCAUGAUGUUGCUUAUUGGUCCCGCAGUUUUUUGCAGGAUUUGGAGCGAGCAUGCAAAGAUCACUAUAGUAAACGUUGCUGGGGCAUUGGUUUUGGUCUGACUUUCAGGAUUUUGUCCCUCUCUCCAAGUUUUCGGAAGCUAUCCCUUGACCAUAUUGUCUCUGCGUAUAAGAGGACAAAAAGAAGAGCAAUAUUUUUAGAUUAUGAUGGAACAGUGGUGCCCCACGCUUCAAUUGUUAAAACCCCGACUCCUGAAGUAAUCUCUGUACUGAACAACCUAUGUGAUGACCCUAACAACACUGUGUUUAUAGUUAGUGGUAGGGGCCGAACCUCACUCACUGAAUGGUUUGCUCAAUGUGAGAAUCUGGGAAUUGCGGCUGAGCAUGGAUACUUCAUAAGGUGGAGUAGGACAUCAAAUUGGGAAACCUAUCCCAUAGCCACAGAUUUUGAUUGGAAAAGAAUUGCAGAACCUGUAAUGAGAUCGUACACAGAGACAACUGAUGGCUCCUAUAUAGAGGCCAAGGAGAGUGCCUUGGUAUGGCACCAUCAAGAUGCCGAUCCUGACUUUGGAUCUUGCCAGGCUAAGGAGCUUUUGGAUCAUCUUGAAAAUGUCCUUGCAAAUGAGCCUGUAGUUGUUAAGAGGGGACAGCAUAUUGUUGAAGUAAAGCCACAGGGUGUUACUAAAGGGUUAGUUGCAGAGAAAGUUCUCUCCUCAAUGAUCAGUAAUAGGAAACCACCGGAUUUUGUGAUGUGCAUUGGUGAUGAUAGAUCUGAUGAGGACAUGUUUGAAAGCAUAUCGACCACAGCUUAUAGCUCAUGUCUCCCUGCGGCUCCAGAGAUCUUUGCAUGCACUGUUGGCCAAAAACCAAGCAAAGCUAGAUACUAUCUUGACGAUACAGUGGAUGUCGUGACAUUGCUUCAAGGCCUGGCUACUGCUUCAAGCAUCAAGUCAAGGUUUAGUACCGAAAUUCAAGUCUCUUUCCAACAUGCUGCUUGAAAUGUGUCCACUGAUGUAGGGUUGAGAAGCAAUGGUGUGGAUAUGGCUGUGUGUUGAAACGGGAUGCUUUCUUGGAUGAUUGGUCUUUUCCUUGCCAUAUAGAUGGACAUACUUCAACAAUUGGGAUUGGUCUUUGCUUUUGAUGUUGACUUAUUUGUUGCAAGUUGGGGGGGUUGGAUUGUGCAGCUCUGGUUACUUUAGAGAGGAAGAUGAGCACCUGCGAUAAUGGUGGUCUGGGUUUGUCACUGACUGACAUAGCAUUUUUUUGUUUACUUGAAAGGCGGCGGUCUGCGGAUCUAUUGCCGCCAAAUAGCACCAUUUGUCGAAGGGGAUUCCUUUUUAGUCCAAAGAUUCAGAUGUUAGUUAAGAGGUAUAGUUACUAAUACUAAAGCAUUUGAACUGGUUUUUCUCAUACAUGAAAGUCAUUCUCCUAUGGAAGUGUACCUAGGGCCAUGCUUCUCUACUUUGCUAUACCAAUGAGGAUGGUUCUUUUCUUUUUUUGAUCCUGUAAAACUGAACAGGUUUCCAGAUUGAGACCAUGUAUAUACAGCAUACUCUUUAGAAUGUCAGAUUAUCUUCUUUUUU